AUGACAUUCACAAAUGAGCUGUUUGUAAUGGACGACUUCGUGAUGACAGAUUCGCCUGCAAUUUCACCGUCUCCGCACUUGCAAUCGCUGUCUGCUACUGAUAAUACAAGUUCAUAUAGUAUCAGUGGAACGAUUACUUUAGAUGAUAGCUUUGAUUUGGCAAGCAACCUGUUCCCUCUCAUCGACGAUCAGUUUCCAAAUAUAACUAUCAAUGACACUACGACAGUUGAGCAAUUCAAUAGUUUAUAUACAUCGCAAGAGGAGGGAGGCUUGUUGGUAGCAUCCUCAAUGGCGCCAGAAUUCGAGCAAGUUUUCUUUGAAAACGACUUCCAGCUACAGUCAAGUGCUGCCACUACACAAACUCAACCAAUACUAAUGAUAGACACCCCAGAACUGUCGUCAGUGUAUACCAGUAGCUACUCUCCGUCUAUUCAAUGGCCUAGUAACUUGGAUCAUGGCUAUACCAUUGGGUUGAAUACAUCGCUAUUUUUACAACUGCAUCAAGAGGAAUUUCUACCUUCGUCCUAUGAAGCUCAGCAGCAAGACAUGGUAUCACCUGUUUCCCAAUUUGAUUUGAUGUAUUCUCCUGCGAAUUCGUAUUCUAUCAUGGAGGAACAGAGCGUGUAUAGUGCUACACCUCCCAUUCAAUCACUAAAUAGUCCUGCCGGCGAUGGCGAUGGUCGUUUCUCUAACACUAUCGUAGCUAUGAAUAGCAGUCGAUCUGCCAGUACACAGGACAAAUCAAGAUAUGAUUGCCCUGAAUGCGAUCAAACAGUCGGUAGAUCUCAGGAUCUGAAAAGACAUCGCCAAUCUCGCCAUUCUGAUAUUAAGCACUAUCAUUGCGAUUGUUGCGAUAGAGCUUUUUCUAGAAAAGAUGCAUUGAAAAGGCAUGAAAAGUCUAAGAAUCGCAGCCGUCAAAAGCAAAGAUUCCAACAUCAGGGUCAAUCGAUCAGCAGGAAUCAGAAGGUUUCGCCUUGA